CAUCACCAGCCUGUUUAUCCACGUAACCUCUCGACAGAUCUGUUCUUCAUUCAACAACAUCACGCUGCCAAGAUGCUUUCCAGAAAAAUCACGGUUUUCAUUACCAUACUAUGUCUCACCACCAUCGGUGUGUUUUAUAGAUCUGGAUCUGGAUCUGGAUCUGCAUCACGGAUUUUAUCUAUAUAUUCAAAUCUUUGUGCCUGUGAAAAAUGUUUAACAGAAGGUGACCCAGACUUUCGGGAGAUAAUGAAAGCAUCUCCCAAGCCCUUUUUGUCAAGAGAAUAUGAAACUACGCAAGAGGUUUUCAACUGGUGGAAGCGCCUACAGUCGAAUAAAGACCCCUUCGAUUUCUACAAUACGACAGUGAAAAACCUGUUUGAGAUUUUUCCACCUAUUCCACCUCUGAUAGAGUCCAGCCCUGACCGCUGCAGGACUUGUGCUGUGGUGGGGAACUCUGGCAAUUUGAAGGGAUCACAUUAUGGACCUCUGAUAGAUUUUCAUGAUAUCGUAAUAAGAAUGAACCGUGGCCCUAUCAAAGGCUAUGAAAAAGAUGUUGGGACCAAAACAACUCAUCGUGUGAUGUAUCCAGAGAGUUCCACUUUAUUGGACAACACCACUCAUCUUGUGAUGUUUCCAUUCAAGAUAAAGGAUUUACAGUGGCUCAUCCAAAAGUUUGCCCCAAGUAAAAACAAAGCUGCUAAGAGGAUAGCAAACAAGGAUUUGGUGAUGAUCCUCAACCCAGCUUUCAUGAAAUAUGUCCAUGAAAUGUGGCUGAAAAAGAAGGGCAGGUAUCCAUCCACUGGAUUUAUGACUUUGGCUCUCAGCAUGCACAUGUGUGAUGAGAUAAAUGUUUUUGGGUUUGGAGCGGACAGUGAUGGAAACUGGUACCACUACUUUGGAGCAGUGAACAAAAACUUGAGAACCGGCCCUCACCCAGGAGGACAGGAAUAUGAUAUUCUUCAACAACUACAUAAGGCUCACAAAAUCCACUUUUAUAACGGAUGGCAAUAGCCAACUUAGCUGUGCUUUUCCCGGCUAACCUACCUACUGAAAGAACUCAUUGUGUCUCCCUUUA